AUCAGAGCUAGCACUGAGACUGAGAGUCUAUAUGAGCGCCAAUUAACUGAACUGUCGAUUGAACUCGCCGGAUUUACCCCCUGAAUUAUUGUCUUUGCUAGAAUAAAACAAGUUUGGAUUUGACAUUUUCCAAUGACAUGGCUCAGUCAAGACACCAAGAUGGCCGCAUCCGCGACCGCAGAGUUUUGGGAACCUUCUCUACGGACGAAAACCGCAGAUACCGCAACGAUGACCGCAACCGACGAUUCUUUGUCGAACCGGACAGCCCAGUGGACUUUGACUACGCAAGAGGGUUCGCUAACUACGUGGAUAUGGGGGACGAUGAGGGCGACACAACCUCGCUGGACAAUGUUUUAUCCUGGAUGCGUGAUCAUAAGAGAUUAUUAAAAGAAGUUGGAAUACUCGAUUCAAAGAGAUCAAGGUUGAAAAUGGACUUCGUCGGCCGGCGAGGAACUUUCAAAGAACUCUUGUCAGCUGGAGGCAACACGGACGCUGAUAUCGAACUGUUUGUGACCCUCUACAGGGGGACCUAUUACAUCUCGCAAUUCUGGACUCCUAAAGAUAAAAGCAGGCAACCAUCCACCAGAAAACAUCAGAUGAUAGCGGCCUCUUCCAAACUGUUUCUUCAAUUCGUUACAAGUAAGGAGGGAUGCGAAGCGGGUUCCUAUGCUCCGCAGAACGACAAUGCAUCCUAUUACGCUAUGAUGAGCGCCCUCUGCGGUAACCAUCGGAUGCUGUUCAGCUCUGAGGUUCAGGCAGAAGGGAAAGAUGAACUCAAAAGGCUCAAAACUUCUCCAAGUAAUUACCUCAACAUACGCACUAAUGGCCAGGCUUUCUUAAACCCGAAGAAGGCAUUAAAGUGGUGGGCCCCAAACGCCCUCUCUGGCAUUCCGAAAAUAGUAUGUGGAUUGCGGGACGACAAACGUAAGCUUGUCCGUUCCAUUAAAUACAUGCACACCGACAGUAUCCCGGUACAAUAUCCCAGGUAAAAAAACCAGUUGAAACCAGUUGAAAUUUUAACUGGUUUCAACUGGAGUCAACUGGUACCAGUUGAAACCAAUUGGCACAACUGGUAAACUCCCACCAUGCCAGUAUAUUCCAGUUGAAACCCAUUGUCCCAACUGGACAUGCUGAAAACAUACAAGUUUAUUCCAGUUGAAACCAAUUAACUAUACUGGUAUAAAUUAGUACACCAGUUAAUACCAGUUAAAACCAAUAGGCCUUUCUGGUUUAUCUACCAAUAGAUUCCAGUUUAAAACCCAUUAGCCAAACUGGACCAUUUGAUACCAGUUGGAACCCAUAGAAACCCAAUAGGUGUAUAUACCAGUUAAUGCCACCUUAAACCCAUAAACCAUACUGGUAUAUCAUUAAACCAAUUGAUACCAGUUAGAACCAACAUGCAUUACUGGUAUACCUACCAGUUGAUUCCAGUUAAAACCCAUAAACCAAACUGGAUCAGAGUGUUCCAGUUGGAACCCAUAGACCUCCCAUAACCCCACUUGAAACCCAUUAACCAUACUGGAAUAUCAAACCAAUGGAUACCAGUUAGAACCAAUAUAGGCAUUACUGGCAUAUCUACCAGCUGAUUCCAGUUAAAAGCCAUAAACCAUACUGGAGCAGAUUAUACCAGUUGGAACCCAUAGACCUCCCAUAACCCACUUGAAACCCAUUAACCAUACUGGAAUUUCAAACCAAUUGAUACCAGUUAAACCAGCAUACAUUACUGGUAUACUACCAGUUGAUUCCAGUUAAAACCCAUAAACCAAACUGGAACAUAUUUUACCAGUUGGAACCCAUAGACCUCCCAUAACCCACUUGAAACCCAUUAACCAUACUGGAAUAUCAAACCAAUUGAUACCAGUUAAAAUCAACAUACAUUACUGGUAUACUACCAGUUGAUUCCAGUUAAAACCCAUAAAUCAAUUAAAUUGGGACAUAUUUUACCAGUUGGAACCCAUAGACCUCCCAUAACCCACUUGAAACCCAUUUACCAUACUGGAAUAUCAAACCAAUUGAUACCAGUUAGAACCAAUAGGCAUGAUUACCAGUAUAUAUCUACCAGCUGAUUUCAGUUAAAACCCAUAAACCAAACUGGAACAGAUUAUACCAGUUGAAACCCAUAGGCCACCCAUAACCCACUUGAAACCCAUUAACCAUACUGGAAUAUCAAACCAAAUGAUACCAGUUAGAACCAAUAGGACUUACCAGUUGAUUCUAGUAAGAACCCGUAUAUACAUAUAUAAUAUAUACAUAUAUAUAUAUGUAUAUAAGAGGCAUAGUGGUAAUGCAUUGUACUUAUUUCCAACAGAGUUUAUAUAUAUAUAUAUAUAUAUAUAUAUUAUAUAAGAACUAUGUUUUCAUACCUUUGUUGUUUUAUUUGUCGCUUAAACUGUAACUGACUUUUGAAAUAUUUUUGUAAUUGUUGAUAUCUGCAGUAAUCAUUCAAAUUUCUUAUCCGACAAGUCACUGGCUCAAUAUAGCUGUAACCCACUUUACAUUAAUAUUUAUAUUUUUUGUACAAAUCAUAUUACUUCAAAGUCCUCUUAUCUUUGUUUUUAAUUCCUUUUGAGAUAAUUCUUUAUGAUUAUCAUUCAUGAAUGUGUUUCCUAUAACUAUUAUUAUUGUUACCAUCAACAAAGCGUUACUUUUCUUUAAAAAAAGCAAGUAUUAUUUCAUACAAUCCACUCUUUAAUCUACAUGUAUUGUUAUUCAUUCAACAUUGGUUAAAUAUAUAUUUAUGUGAAAAUGUUCAUUAUGUUAAAGGUAUAUACAUUUAGCCUACUCCCAACAUUUGUCCGUUCCUGCUUUUGACAUUAUUCCCCCCCCCCCCUCCCUGUAUACUUUUCUUUUUGUAUCCCCUUUCCAAUAUUAUACAUUAGUAUACUUUUUUUUGUUGCUUAUUUGUUUACUGAAAUUUUGCUCUGUACAAAUUCAUGUAAUUCAGCCUUUUACCACAAUAAAUGCCAUGCAUUUAUCCAUCCUAUACACAGCUCGAUUGAGGAUAAGAGGAAAAAAAUAUCUACAUAAUAACUAACUUAAUUAUUCUUUAUGUUAAUUUUAAUAUUUCCACCUUGAAAAGUUUCAUUAAAGUAUGUGGUUCGAUAUUACCAUAUAACUUAAAUCGAAACAUGUUAUUCUC